GGCCGUUUGUUUUUCUACAAAAGUUCUUCAGUUUCGAAUUUAUCCAAAUUCACUACAAGUUAUUUACUAAAUUUUGUUGACAUUUGUAGCAGAAAAGGAAUAGACUUUGUGUGUAUUGUUUUACGUAUUGAUUGAAAAUCAUGGUCAUGGUAAAUAUCGAUAUUUCAAAUUUUAAUUGACACCAAUAACUUAAUUAUAGGUGCAAUUUGGACCAAACUGUUAGGGGUGUCAUACAGUGCUGAAACUAAGUUUUUUGAGCCCCAGGGAAACAGAAAUUUUAGUGCCCCAAUUUUCCGUAUAUCAUAUAACCUCCCGUCUGUAAUAAGUUGCUUUCAACCCUACCACAAGUAUACUAUAACCGUAAUGUUUCGUAGGAUGAUUUCUCAAAUUUGUUUACAUCAGUGUUCAGUAAACAAAACAAAAAAACAUAAAGAUCACAAAUUGUAUCAUUAGAAUUAUAUUUAAAUAUCAUUUACCCAGCUAGUUAGAUAAUAAAAUCAAAAUAAAGAAAUAAAUGUAAAAUAAAACAUAAUUAUUACUAGUAUGUUUUUAAAUAAUCAAAGUAUAAAUGUUUAUUUUAAAACUUCAUUGUCUUUAAAUUUGAAAAAUGUUGUAAUUUUAUCUAAAUAUAACUCUUUAGAAUGAUGUUGUUCAAUGUUUAAAACUGCAAUAUUUGAUAAUCAAUUCUGUCCCAUAGAGUUCAUAAUAUUUAAUUAUUUUCAAUUUAGAGAAUGAUCUUUCGGCAGUAGCAACCGUGACUGGCAGUCAUAAAAAUAAUACAAGCUCCUAAAACUUCUGAAUACCUACAAGACAAAUCAUUUUCUAAAAUAAAUAGUGCUAAAUCACAAACAGACCACAAUUUUUUUAUUUUUUAUUAUUUCUUUAAGAGACAGAAUUUGACAUGUUCGUUCGGAACUAACAUCCGACUUGUAAUUUUGAACAAAAUUAUAACUGUUUUUGAUUGUUCCAGACAAUUUGUUUUUGACUAUUAUAAACUCAGUAGAGAGUACUUGACAGAGAUGUAGAAAACUGGAACAAAUAUCUCAUCCUAUAAUUUAUAUUUACAAUUUUUAUUAUUAUUACAAUCUACCUAUUUAUAUUUUGUUGCAUUAUUAUUAUAAUAAUUUACUGAUUAUAUUAUAAAUAGUGAUAGCUCAUUGAUUUUAGAUUCUGAGUGUAUUAAAGAAUGUAUUGUCAUCAGUGGCAUAGUAUUACUACCAAUACUAGUAUAUUAAUAAUCAAAGAUAUUAGUUAAAAUAUAUUACCGCCUUCUUUUUUCUUGUGAACAACUUUUCUAUAAGCAAUUUGGCUCCGAUUUAAAAUGUCAGCAAUUUUUCUAAAUGGAAAUUUCACUAAGGAGGUACUAUAGAGAGGUUAUUUUUCGAUUUUCUCCAGAGUUUUUCCAGCAAAUAUGAAAAACUGGGAAAAUCAGUAAAAUAUUAAACAAAUAUUUUUAAAGAAAAUAUAAUAUAGUGCUCAUUUAAUUAUUCUACCAUAAUAUGACAUUAUAUACGAAGCAUUGACGAAGCAUCACUAUCAACUGUGUAAGAUCAUGUCCAUUAUCAAUAAAAUCGUAACAUGGAAUCAUAGAUAUCUGUACAUGGAAUUUGGGAUUUAUAAAAGUUAGACAAUACGUACAAUAAUUUUAUUUUUAUUAUAUUUUUCAAUACAAGAAAUAUGUAUAAGUAGUAUUCUGAGGUAAAAUAAUAAACAAUAUAUGUUGUAUUAUUGUAGGUAUUCCUUACUAGUAAAUUAAUUAGUACUUAAUUUGGAUAGUUUUUUCAUUUAACCUAGUUUUUCCCAUGAGUUGAUGGUUAGAAAAAUAAGUACCUUAUGACGUCUCAUUCUCAUUGUAAUAUAAGUAGUGAAUAUAUAUCCCACUACAACAUUUUUGUGUUCAAAACACGGAAAUAGAAUUAAAUAAUUACAUUUAAAAAAAAGUCAUCAAUGUCUUCGAACAAAUUUUGUCCAUUAGCAUGUUUGGAAAAUGACAUCUCAAUUUGUCUAAUAAGUAUAAACAAAUUGUUUUCAGGGUGAAUAAAGAAACUUUUAAUUUAUAAACUAACUAGUUAGGCAUUUACUGUAUUACAACUGUUAUUUUAUGUUCGAUAAACAAAUUCGAUAAUUUGUUUUUUACUAAUUUUUCUUGCCUAUCUAUUAAAUUAAAACAGUGAUAUCAUUUAGUUAGAUUAAAAUAAAUUUAUAUUAUUUAUCAGCAUAAAAUAUUUCAACACAAUAUGUACAAAUUAUACUAUACACUCAAUAGUAGCAUUGUCAUUAAAAUUAUGCACCUGAAAGAUGUCAUUAAUAUCCCAUCGGCCAUCUUCUAUGAUAGUGUCUAAAUAAACUUUUAAUUUUAAAAUCUUUUUCUUUAUUAUCUAUAAAUACACUAAAACCCAUUGUCGCCGCUAUUAGUUAUUAGUGCUCUAUGUCUAUUUGAUGAAUAAGAACCGCCGGAAAAAAUUGUUUGCCAAUUGAUCUCGUUGUAUAUCCUAUAUUCCUUAAUUCGUGAUCGCGGUAUUACUCAAUGAUUAUAUAGAUUCUCUACUCUGUGGUAUAGAUAGUAUUCAUUUGGCCGAGAAGAGCUCCCUCAUGUGGUAACUCAGGUUCUUUUAUGAUCAUAAUACCUAUCAAAAUUAUAUGAAAAUAUUACUACGCAUAAUUUAUACUAAUAAAAUAAUAAAUUUGUAUCUCAACAAAAACCCUUCGUCAACUACGUGUAAAAACCUCGAUAAAAAAAGAAACAAAAUCAAGUUAGAAAAGUUGUAAUAUCAAAAAGGGGCUAAGUAAUUUCAAAAUUUCAUUAUUAUAGAAAUUGCUUAUAAUUGUUUGUAUUUAAUGAAGUGCGAUGAUUUAAUACAAAUGGAAUUUAACUUAGCUUGACGGCUACCAAUAUUUACUAUUACAAAUAAAGAUAUAAUGCUGACAUGAAUAUUUACAUCCCUAUUUUAUAAUUUAUUAAUAUUACCUUAUGGCAUAUUGUAAUAGUGUUAUCACUAGUACAUACAAUGAGUAGCCGCCAAGCUAAAUUAAAUUAUCGCACUUCAUCAAAUGCAAACAAUUAUAAACAAUUUCUGUGGGUAAUAAUGAAUUUAAGAAACUACUUAGCUUCUUUUUGAUAUCACAACUUUUCUAACUUGAGUUUUUUUUUUUUCUUAAUGAAGUUAUUUUAUGGUAUAAAUAAAGUCAUUUUUUUAUGAUUUUUUAAAAAUUCGUUAUCUGGUCUUUUUUUAUGAUAAAACAUUUUUUCGGCUAAAAUACGGUUCACACGAUAUGUUAUUAGGCCAAAAUACGUUUUUGAUGAAAUAUUUUUCGGUAUAUGUGGUUCUGACCAUAUAUAAUUUUAACAGUAUAUAUUUCGAAUAGAACACUGUUCGGAUAAUUUACUCGUUUCCAAUAAAAUCAAUGCUAAUCUAUAAAGAUAUUAAACUUCAGUUUAUUUAAAUUAAUGGUUUUUAUAUAAACCCAGUGUUUUCGUGUGGCAACUAACAAUAACAAUAAAUAGUCCCAAGUACAAUUCCCCACUGCUAAAAUAAUGUUAAAAACCCGACAGAUCGACUUAUUUCAGAUUUUUGGUAUAAUUAGAUCUUGGGAAAUACUUGUUAUCAAUUACUUUUAUUUAAUACAUAGACAUAAUAAUAUUAUAUCUAUGAUUUAAUAUGAAAUCAAAAUUUGAAAAUAAUUAUUGGGAAAUUAUUAUAAAUGUAAACAAUUUAUAUUUAGUAGGUACAUAUUAAAACAAAAUUACGUGCCAUUAUCACUGAAAUAGAUAAGAAUACAUUGGAGCGCGGUUAUUUAUGUUAAUAAGUUAAAUAGGUACUGGUAUAAGUAUAUAUAAGAAUUAAUUAAUUAUUAAUUUUAAAAAAGUAUUUUCGCCAAAAAUUGACAACAAUGGUUUAUGGUGUGUAACUAUUUUAAAAUGCCUGCCCAAUAGAUACUGACUUUACUUUUUCAUAGCCCAGAAAAUUGCCAAUGCUUCCUUAAUAAUGACAGAGUACAUAACUGGUCCUUCUAUAGCUCUGGGUAAAACACAAGAUAAAACUGCACUAAUUCCAAUACUUGAAACAUCAUAAUUUAAGGUCACAUUCAUUGUUGGGUUAUAAUGCAUUAUUAUGUUCUUAGAAGCAAUAAUUUAUUUUGACUUAAGAAAUGCUGCCUCACACUCUUUAUUCCAUAUAAAACUUUCUUUUUUUAGUAAUUUUUACAUAGGUUCCAGUAUACCUGAUAGAUAUUUAACAAAUCUACUAUAGUAAUUAAUCAUUCCUGCUAAAGCUCUUAUACCAUGUGAAUCUGACGGCCUUGGUACCCUAAAAACGGCCUCAAUCUUUGUCGGAUCUUUCUUCAGUCCAUCUGCACAAAUUAUAUGCCUUAUAUAGCAAAUUUGUUUUUUAAAGAAACUACAUUUGUUCAAAUUAAUCCGAAAUCCAACUUUCUCUAACCUGACUAAAACCUUUUUUAAAUUAUCGGUAUGUUCUUCCUUUGUCAUUCCGGUAACUACAACAUCGUUUAAAAGUUUCAUAGUACCUUUAAGUCCCAACUAUACCUCUGCAAUUUUUUGAACUAUCGCACAUGCCGGCUUUGUUCCAUUAGGUAAAGUAUUAACAACAUAUAUUCCGUUAUGCGUACUCCAAGUUAACAAUUGACUAGUCUUAUCAUCUAGUAAUAAUUGAUUAUAAGCAUUUUUAAAAUCAAUCUUCGAAAACGUUUUUCAGCCUUGUAGCGCGACAAAUAACUAUUCAAUUCUAGGUAAGGGAUGCUUGACAUGCUCUAGGUACUUGUUUACCAUAGUUUUAUAAUUACCACAAAUUUGUAUAGCACCAUUACCUUUUAAAACUUGUACUAAUGGCGUGCCCCAGUCAUUGUUAUUCACUAAUCUAAUCACAUCUUCAUUUUCUACCCUACCUAAUUCUUUUUCAAUUUUGUCUUUAAACGUAGAAGGUAUGGUUCUAGUAGGCUUAGCAAAAAUUGGAGUAGCGCCAGGUUUCAAACAUAAAUUAAUUUUUUUAAUUUAUAUAUGUAAUAUAAUUUAUUUAUGUACCAAUCUCUUCAUUCCAUAGCUGCUUAUAUUCCCUUAACAAUUCAUCCAAUGUCAACUUCCAAAUUAUCUUAUCAUUACCUUUCUUAAUGCUAUAAACUUCAAUAUUAAACUCUUUAUGAUAUCGCGACCAAUUAAAGGUUUAUUCUCACUCUUUACAAAACUACAUUCUUUUUUUAUCGACUCAUAGUAAAUAGUCAAUUCCAUCUCACCCAAGGGUUCUAUGUAUUUUCCAUCAUAUGCUUUCAAUCUAAUUAAUGUAAGCUUUAACUUACAGUCACCAAAAUUUUUCUUUUGUUACAUUUUCUGAUAUAAUCUAUACGCCAGCUCUUGUAUUUAAUUCCAUAUCUAACGGUGUAUUAUUAAUUAAUAAUUUAACCAUAAAUGCUUUAUCAAGCCCGCUUUUUCACAGUUAAACAUAUUAAUAUAAUCCUCAGUAUUUGACUCAACAGUCUCAAUAAUUAAAUGGGCACUAUAUUAUAUUUUCUUUAAAAAUAUUUGUUUAAUAUUUUACCGAUUUUCCCAGUUUUUCAUAUUUGCUGGAAAAACACUGGAGAAAAUCGAAAAAUAACCUCUCUAUAGUACCUCAAUGCAUAUUAACACAAUCCAUGAGAGGUGAGACCGGAGGAAGUUUUUAUUAUAUUAUGUUUUUUAGUUUUUGAGUAAUCUUCAAAAUUAUCUCCCACUUCUUCGUCUGAUAAUUCUUGUAACAUACGCGCAAUAUCGUCCAUAAUGAGGUGAAAAAAGCAAUACACGAAAAAAAAUAAAAAUAAAAGUAUUUGUAUGAAAUAUUACGACCAGGCGCGAGACGUAUUACAUGCGAUCGGACGGAGUUGACUGAAAUAUACAUCAAUAAUAAUUUGAAAAAUACGUAAGAUUAGAUAACAAUUAUUAAUUGUUUGUAACAUAUACGUCAUUGUGGAAUAGGAAAAAUCCCAGUAUUAAUCGGGAUACGUAGAUAAAAGUUAUAUCAAUACAUUUAUAAUUGUACAAAAUGCGCAUACGCGCCUGCUGAAAGGUUAAUAUUACUUACAUUUUCCAGCGGUAAAUAGCAGCGCUUCGCCGGAAUGUAGAUGAACUGCAUCAGGUUCUGACCGCGUUUUGGCUUUUAUUACCGUGUGACCUAAUCUAAGCUUAUUCAUAUUGGAGUUUAUGCUUUUAGCACGUGAGACGUGAACGCCGGCUGUCGAGAUUUGUUGUCACUUGUCAGUUGUUUCCGUGAACGGCGUGAACGCACCCUAACGGUUGUCUUUUGAACUGAUAAGUAAUAUUUGUAUACCGGUAGUUUUACGUUCAGCAUUACUGCCGUAUUUCUGUCUUUAAUCUCAAUUUUUCAUUUUUGUUAUUUUAUGUCAGUUUCUUAUUGUGCUCAUCUAUUAUAAUGGUUCUCUUUUUGUAUUUAAUUAUUGUUUGUGUAGUUAGUUUUACUUUUUUAUUUUAUUAAAUUGAAAUAUCAUUCACAUCAAGAUUCAUUAUACGAACAAUACGUUCAUUAUUUACGAAUACGUAAAAUAAUGAUUUUCACUGCACGUACAUCUACGGACGUUUUGCAAUUUUUGCCAUUAAACACGUGGACCGAGGUAUGUUCAGAAAUUACAAUUAUUUCAAUUUUUAGAUUUAUAAUAUAUAAUGUAUGUGGAUAUUAAUAUUAAAUUCACUUUUGGAUAAUUUUUGGUACCUAGAAUAAUGUAAUACCUACCUAUUGGUUGUUGCAUAUUGACGUUAUUUCCAAUUUAAUUUUAUAUAUUAAAUUUAUUGUUAAGUAUUUUAUUAUAUUCAAUUUUUCUAGGCCAACCUAACUGUAUAAUUGCUUUGUAUUAAUUAUAAAAUAAGAGGUAAUUUUUAGACUGCUUCUUAUCUUUAAUGUUGUUAAGUUUAAUCUUGAAUAUCUUGUUCUUGUACUAUAUUUAUAAUUCAAGAUUUUAAUAAUUUUUUCUGAUAUUUUAAAUCAAACCUUGUAUCUGUUUUUGAAUAUCAGUUUUGAGAUAAAUCUGAUAUUCCAUUAUUGAUCAUUAGGGCUUAUAUCAAUACUUAACAUUAAAAAUAAGUAAUAUUGAUUUAUUUGUUUUAUUUACUUCUUAGAAUAAACCAGGGACUCAAAACUGGUUACCAAAUUAAUCGACUAUAUUAUAUUAUACGAACAAUAUUUUUUCUACACAAUUAAACUACAAAUGAAACCACAAUUUAUCAUUAUAAGAACAAAAACAAUACAUAUUAAAACCACAAAUACUUUACCCUCUCAAACAAAACAAAUUGUGUUUUUAAGAAAUUUAUGAUAAAUUCAAAUGUUAUGUAUUUUUUUCAGUGAAUUUUGAUAGGUACUUUGAUUUUGGUUUGACAAACGAUUAUAGGAUAUAAGUGGUGUUAUCAUUGAUGCUAUAUUAUCAAAUUAUUAGUUUUCUUUUAAAUUCUAUUUUUUAAAAACAGAAUUUACCGGUUUUAUAUAAAGAGAAAGAACUUUAAUCAUUAUUAAUCGGUUGGUUAAUUAAAAAAUUGUAUAGAACUAAAAACAUCAACUGAAAAAAAAUCAUUUUAAUUUUAGUUUUUGGAAUUAACUUUACUACUUAUAAAAUUAGUUUUUGAAUUUAUUAAUUUAGUUUUUUUUUCAGUAUAUUAAUCAUUUUUUGAAUAAUUUAAAUAUUUAAUUUAUUUUAUUAGAUUGUUCUACUUGAUAGCAAACACACAAAUAAUGGAGUGUAUAUUGCAACUACUGAAGAUAAAAUUAUAAGAAGAAUGAAUGAUAUGGUUACUAUAUCAGAACAUGUUAAAUCUUACCAAAAAAUUGAAAAAUUUAUGCAAAACUCAUUGGUUGUAAUUCACAUUGAUGGCGAAUGGUACUAAUUUUUUACAAACUAUUAAAUUUUAUUAAAUUUGUUCUAAUAUGGGUAUCAAUAAUUUUAUUGUCUACUUUCCUAGAAAUAUUUCUAAUUCAUAUAUUAGUGUAUUUUAUUUUGCCAAUAUUUGAUGUAUACCUAAGACAAUAUUCUUUUAAUGUGUUAUAUUUAUAUGUAGAUUUAUUCCUCUUAGAUUAUGUAUAAAACUAGUAUUUAUUACGUUGUAAUUUAUAUUUAUGUUACCCAUAUGUUUUGGUAAAAAGUUAAAAUAAUAAUUGUUUAAUAUUUUUUGAUUUAAUUAACCUAAAUUUAUUUAUAUUGUUCUCGUAUAAUUUAUACAUGUGUCUUAACAAUAUUAUUAUAUUUUUUUUACUAGGUUCAGAGGAAAAUUAGCAUGUUUUAAUGAAUUUUUACCAAAUGAUACCAGAAUUGAACUAAUUGAUAUUGGUUGUAUUUAUAAUACUAAGUUAGAUAAUUUGUAUCUUCUUCCAUAUUAUCUUAACUAUGAACCAUUGGUAAGAAAGAUUAUUUGUAAAAAAUAUUUAUUUUUUUUUUCAUUAUAAUAUUUUUUUCCAGGCAUUACCGAUCAAAUUUAAGGAUGGUUAUAUUCCAAACACUUCUAAAUUGAGUGUAAAACCUCUCCUUUCUGAUAGUGUAAUUAUAAUUAUGCCUAAUUAUUUAUGAAUAACUAGUUUUUGUAAUGUAUCUAUAAUGAUUAUUAAUUUAUAGUCGCUGUAUGAUGGUUUAGUUGUUGUGGAAGCUAAAUGUGAUCAGGAAAAACAAAAAUUUGCUUUAAAAGAAUGGUAAGUUAUUAUGCCGAGUUUACAUGCUGUGUAGUACUUGUCAUUCGCACUUCUACUCGUACUCCUACUAUCUAACUAUUGUUCACACGUGAUUGUCAUACUAGCAAGCCCGUAGUAGCGAAACAAACGUCACGAUGGACCACCUCCUUUUUUUAAAGAAAACUUUUAAACAUUAUGCUAACGUUAUAAUAUCAUAUCAUUGAUGCAAGAACUUGAAAACGAAUCAGAAAAAAUAAUGAUUAUUGACAAGAAAAUGUUUGCUGAUAUGAGAUACCCUUGGUAAUUCAGUUGGGAUUUUAAGAGAACUUGCUACUGAAGAUCAACUUGAGUAUAGAAGUUUCAUGAGGAUAACACCUGACCAAUUUGAAUUUCUGUUACAAAAAAUAUCUCAUCUAAUUCAAAGAGAAAAUAUAAUUAUGAAAACUGCAAUCCCUGCGAGGAUAAAACUGGAAUUAACUUUGUCUUUUUAGGCUAUGGGUAAUAGAUAAAUCGAAAAAUCAACAAAAAAACGUACGUGAUCCUAUCGAUACUUGUCACUAACCACUAACAUCGGACGGUCACACGUUGCAAGUGCAACCGCGAGUAGAGUUGUGGAGGGGGUAACUACUUGUCAUUAGUAAAUAGAACUGGAUUCUAUUCACUCGCACUCCCAGUUUUACUAAUUCUAAGCAUUAUUUUUACUGUUUACACGCAAUAUGCGAGUGCAAGUAACAAGUACUAAUGACAAGUACUAUGCAUCGUGUAAACCUGGCAUUAGUUUUAGUAUUAGUAACAGUUUAAUUGUUACUUAUAUAUUAUUUCCUAUAAUUUAACCUAAUGGGAUUGGUCACUUAUUUUGGCUGUACAAUUAUUAUAUAAUUGAUGUCUUACAUAUGGUAUUUUAACUUUUUAAAACUAAAUGCAUUUAUUUUAUUUUUGCAGCAUUAAUAAUAAUGUUAAUAUUGAUUCUACUCGAAUCAUAGCAAAUAGCUUUGAUAAUGAUUUAUCAAGGUAAUGAGAUGUUUUUAGUAUUUGAUUUGUUUUAAUUAAUUGUUGUUAUUACAUUUUUUUUUUUUUAGUUUUCUAUCUUCUUGUUACACAAAAAGUAAGCUAAUGAAACCAUAUAUUCCAUUAGAAAAUGGAAGUGUAUGUCUUAUUACAUUUGUGGAAGAUUUCAAUUCAAUAUAUGUUUGUAAAGCUAUAAAGAAUGAUAAAGGACCUACUUAUAGUUUAUGCAAUUAUGACAUUUUAUUGAAGACUAAUCAAAGUAAAGGUUAGUUUAAUGUUUUGUGGUGUUUUAUUAUUUAAAAAUUGUUAUUUUGAUAUCCAAUUAAAAUUUUUAUCAAUGCAUUUUAUAUUUUAAUUGUUAUGAUUAUUAUUAGUAUUUUACUCUAUUUUAACUAAAUAACUUGUUCAAAUUAAUAUUUAGGCAGGUGUAUAGUUGGAAUUUACUCGGCACUUUUGUUGAAAAAAAGGCUGACAUAAAAAAUAAAAUACUGAUUUUGAUUUCUAUUUGCUUAAUUUAUUUUGAGCCAAUUGCUGAGGUUCUUUAAUACCUUACACAUUUAUUUUUAUUCUAAAUGGCCUUUUCUGUAUACAAACCAAUAAUUUAUGCACUAAAUUUGGAUAAAAACAUGAUAAGUGUAAAUGCUGUUGCACGUCCGACAAUGCUAGGCAUUUUAGUGUGCAGGUUAACAAACUGUAUGGGAGAAUUCCGGAUCAUUUUAGCGUUUUUGUUAUUAUUAAUGACUUAAGGUGGUACCAGUUUGGCUAGAGAAACCGCAAUUGCAGCUAAAAAUUAUUCACAGUCAUGGUCAUUGUUCCAUGUCAUCCAAGUGUUUUGAAUGCAGUGACAUAGUGAUAGCAACUAUCAUAUUAUAAUAUAAUGUACUUAAUAUAUAUUACUUCAAUAAUUAAAUGUAUUCCUGAUGAAAUUCCUGAUUGAUAAAAACUAUUUAUUUUGGAAUACCUAUUUAUCAGUAAUCUGUUAAAAAUGAAAAACAAUGGUUUUUUUUCUUUUAUUAAUGGUAAUAAUUUCCAUCUAUUUUUAUCUGAAAUUUGGGGUUUUAGUUGUGAUGAAAAUAAUGAUACUCUGAUAAAUUAAACACUUAAUACGUUGCAUUUUGAACAUGAUGAGUAAUUACUAAAAAAUGCAUUGGUUUUUGUGUAAGUUUGAUGAUAAUAAAUUUAAUUUUUAAUUAUUUAUUUUUUUCUGAAUUGAAGAAACAGAUUUAUUACUUAGUUUCAAUAUAUUCUUUAGAUUUAUUCAUAUUGAACACCGUAAUAUGUAUAUUUUUUUCUAUUUUUUUUUUUUUUUUAUGAAAUCUAGAUGAUAUACCCAAAGAAUAUCCUACAGUUGGCAAUAUUGUCAAAGUUUUUUCUUUGAAGUAUAAAAAUUUACUCAGAGCAAAACUAUUAAAACAUAAUGAAAAUGGAACUUUUGAUGUUUACUUCAUUGAUUAUGGAAAUACAGAGACUGUUAAAUCUAAUGUUAUUUAUGAAUUAGAUGACAAAUUACAGAUGGUUAUUAUGUUUUAAAUAUUUUAUAAUUAUUUUAUUUGUAUUUGUGUAUAUAUAUUUCUGGUUCAUACUUAAAUAUAUUUAUUUAUUUAUUAUUUGUACAAUUUAGCCUGGACUAGCUAUAAAAGUAGGAAUCAAUGAAUUAAAUAGUUGUACAUUUACUGAAAAAAUAAAAAAAAUGUUUGAAGACUUUAUUGAUAGUGGAAAACCAUUUGAGAUUGUAAGUAAUUAUAUAAGUUCUUAGUCAAGAAAAUAAUGCAUUUCUUUAAAUUUUAAAAUUAUCUAAAGCAAGAGUAAAUUUUAAAGUUUGAGGAAAUGUUUAAUACUAUAUUUUAUUGCAAAGUAUGAGGGUAUUAAUAUUUAUUUACACAAUCCUAUAGGUAUAUAUUAUAAUCUAAAAUUAGUCAAAAUUAAUUACUCAAAUUGUUUGUAUUUUGUUGAUUAAAAUUUACUGAGAGUUGACUAAUUAUUUUGCUCAUUAGAUCAAUGUAUAAAUCCAACAUAUUGACUUAAUACCUGUACUCUAAUAUACUUUAUCAUAUGAAAAAAUGCAUUAAAUUAGUCAGAAAUCUAAAAUUUUUCAAAUUCAUUUAUUUUUUUUUAUUUAGGAAUUUGAUGAAAAGUCUAAACAUUGUUUAGAAAAAGUAAAACUAAAGGAUAUGGAAAGUGGAUCAUAUAUUGAUAUUAAUUAUAUAAACAGAUUUUUGCAAGAAACAAAUUCAGAUAAUGUUCUUAAAGAACAUUAUGGUAUUCCUUCUAUUUAUUAAAAUAUACUUUCAUUAUUUAAUAAUUUGUGUGUUUUUAGAAUUGUCGUCUAAGGCUGCUGUAUCAUCACUUAAUGAAAAUACUGAAUUGUUGGAGAAAGAUAAUACCAACCAACUAAAUAAUUUAAAAAAUAAUGAUAUAGUUUAUUUGAAAAAUUUUGAAAGUAUGGAUGAGGUAUAUGUUGUAAAUGAUGCAAAGUUAUUUAAUGAUUCAAUGGUAAAUAUUCAAAAUAAUCGUAAGUAAAUUUUUUAUUUAGAAAUUAACUUAUGUUUAUUAUUAUUAUUAAAUUAACUUACUUAAUGUUUUACUUAAUCUUGUUUUUUUAGCCUUUGUGCCUAAAACUGAUAUUGAUGUGGGAAAUAUUGUUAUGGUUUCUAAUGUAAAUAGUUCCUGUCGUGGUAAAGUUAUUGAAGUUAAUGAUACUACUAUUAAUGUACAAGAUAUUGACUUUGGAUGUUUUCAUACAGUUGAAGCAAAAAAUAUUGGUGAAUUACCAAUUAAUUUGAGAAAGGUAUAAUAAUAAAAUUAAUUUUAUGUUUAUUUUUUUAAUAUAAAAAAUAAUUUGUAUACAGUGUUUAAUAAAUAUAAUAUGUGUGCACUGUACUGGUAAUUUUUACAUUAAUUUUCUAAAUCAUUUUUAUAAAUUAAGUUUGGUUUCUUCUCACUUAAAAAAUUCUAAUAUAUUAUGUCCAGUGAGUUCUGGCAUCUCGUGUAAAUGUUUUAGAUAUUUCUUCCAUAUGUUCUCUCUAUGUUUCUCUUCAUGAAUAAUUACUCUGUUGUUAUCUUCUAUUGCAUCCCUUUUUAGUUUAUAAUUGUUAAGAAAUGUUUAACUGAUGUAUAUGUUGAAUUUUUGCCAACAGUUAUUAUUUGUACCUCUAUAUCUUUGCAUUUUUCCUCUUAAGUAUUUUUCUUUUGCUUCUUUUGACUUUCAUAUUACAAUAUUUUUUAGUUCUGCUUAUGGCCAAGAGUAGUCUCAUUCUUAAGCUUCCUUCUUUAUUUUAUCAUACUUACUAUCUCUGCUUUUAUUCAUUUUUUCCUAGGUACUGUAGCUUUAUUUUCUCCCAGAGUUUUUGAUGCUGCUUUUAUCCUUGUGCUAUAUAUACUAACCCAUCUAUUAUAUUGUGGUUCUCUCAUUUAUAUUUAUAUUUUUUGUAAGUUCUUUAAACCUAUCAUUUACUUUUUCUUCUUUUAAUUUGUUUAUAUGCUAUCAAUCAUUGUCACUAUGUUUGUCUGCUCCUGGAUUACUUCUGCAGUUUUUUAUUUGGUUUCUAAAUCUUUUUUUUGAUCAUGAUGUAGUUUUUUUGAUAUUAAUUCAUGUCUCCUGGCAUUUUCCAUGUAUACAUUCAUGGAUGGUAAUUGAAUAGGUAUUUGUUAUUAAUAACUUGUGUUUUGAAUAUAAAUCUAGUAAUCUGCCUCCUUUAAUUUCGGUUUCUUAGACCAUAAUUUUCUAAUAUGUGCCCUAGGCUUAAUUGUCCCACUAUAGCGCUCCAAUCAUCUAUAAUGAUAAGAUUUUCAUCUUCUUUAACUUUUUUUAUUCCUUUAUAGACUUCUUCAAUUUCCCUCUCACUGCUAUUAGAAGUAGGCAUGUAGACUUGGACUAUGAUUGUAUCCUUAGGUUUUGUUUCGAUCUUAAAUAAUAUUCUUUACUGCAUAAAUUCUUUAACUUUUUUCCCAAUAGCUUUACUCAUUAUAUGCCUACUCUACUCCUCCAAUUCCUGGGCUAUUGUUCACUAUUUUUGUAUGUAUCAAUCUAUAUUCAUCAUUCCAUAGAUCUUGACCUUCUUAUUUCUGACAUGCCAAGGAUAUCAAUUCUUGUCAUUGCUAUUCGCAUUGCAACAUAGUUGUAACAUCCAAGUAGCUGUUCUUCUCCAAUUCUUAACAUUAUUUUUUCUCCAAGAGUCCCCACCUAAACAGGAGAUUAUUUUAUUCCUGUAAAAUAUUUUACUUAUAAAACUGAAUUAUAAGAAUCUUAUAUCUGCUCAAAAUCUGUUAAUCAAUUCAUUUUCCAUAGAUUUUAUAUUUAAAUCAUAUAGUUUAGUGCUAACAUGUGUUAAACAGAACUUAUAAUGGGUAGGUGAUGAUCAUUUAGGUUCUUUGGAGUUGAUCUUGUAGAUCAUAGGUUAUUUACUGAAAAGAAUGAUCAUAACAUUUGAAUAAUGAUAAUCUAAAUUUAUCGUGUACAUACAAUUUAUUGAUAACUAUUACAAUAAAAUAUAUUUGAAGUUUAACAUUUUGUAUUCAAAUUUUAUUAUGAUAGAUUCCCGGAUUAGCAUUUAAAAUUGGAAUUAAAGGACCUUUAGUAAAGAAAAGUGUGACAUUGAAAGAAUUUAUCGACAACCAUGAAACAGUUCCGUUAUGUUUAGUUAGUAUAAUAAUUUAUAUAUUUUAGAAAUAAACUGUUUAGUUUCUAAAACAAUAAUUAAAAUGAAGUAAAUUAAUUUAUUAAGUCUUUCGUGUAAAAUAUUCAUUUCCUCCUUAUGGAGUGUCAACCAACAAUAAUAAUAAAACUGAUAGAUAUAUUACAAACCUGCAAUACUACAAAAUGAGUGGAUUAUAGUAUAAAAUAAAUAAAUAAAUAAAUAAAAGAAAUAUAAUUAAUAAACAUUACUAUGAAAACAAUAUAUUUAUCGCUUUGCUCAGAAUCUAAAAGUAAAUAUAUAAUAUAAAUAUAUUAAAAAAAAUUGUAUUUAAAAAUUUAUUUUCGAAGUUAAAACUCAAAACUACAUUCUAGAAUUGUAUAUCUAUUAUACACAUUAUUAAACUGGACUCAUGAUAGUGGAAAAACAGAUUGAGAUUAAUCAAAACGGUCCUUAUUUAAGGGAACUAGUGGAUUGUAGGGUUUUUGAUUAUUAAUCUAGAUUUUAAGGUUUUUAUACAUUAUUAUAAUAAUAAAAUGUAACUUUGUUAUAAUAUAACUGUUGCUAAGUAAAUAUAAAUUUGUGGACCCCUUUUAAUUGACUUUUAUUGAAAUUGCUGUAACUUUCAUAUUUGAUACUUCAGUUAUUUAGUUUGUCGCUACUUAAUUUUCCUUAUUGCAAUUUUGAAUAAAAGUACAAUACAAUAUUAUAACUUGGCUUAUGUAGUUGUUGAUUUUUUCGAAUUUGUUGUGUAUGCUUUUAUUUUUCUUGGAUGAAUUUUCUUUUGAGAUUAAUUUGAUUAUCUAUAGCUAUUUGUAUAAAAGUUGCAUAGUAAUGUAAUAAAUCUUCUAUUUACCUACUUCUCAGUCAUCAUAUUCUGCCAAUAAAUUACCAAAGAGGCAGUAGGCAAAUUUGAAAGAGUUUUCUAGUUAUUUACAGUUAAAAAAAAAAAAAUUAAAUUUAUGCCAGGUAUUAGUUUUAGAAAUUAUAUAUGCUCUAUGACAUGUAUUUAGUUAGGAAUAAAGACAAUGUCAUACAAAUGUUUCAAAAAUACUAUAUUACUAUAAUAAAUAUAGUUAAACAGUUAUGAAUUAUUUAAAACUAUUAUUUAAAUAAAAAUAAACUAUUUAUAUAAAACUAUUUUUAUUUUCUGAUUUUACUUGUUUUGUUAACUUUUUAUAAUUAUGUUAAUACACAUACAACAAAUUUGUUGAAAGUUGUGCUUUGAACAAUUAUCAGGUCUUUCAGAUUUUUAAAAGUGAUAAUCUUUUUGAAGUUGUAGUAGUAGACAAUGAUUAUGAUUUUUUUUUUUUUAGGAAUUUGAUGAAUCCAGUUCCAAUAGAUACCAAGAGAUAACUUUAAAAAGAAAAGAUAACUCGGAAAAUAUUUUUGAAGAAUUUUUGAAAACUAAACCAGCUGUUGGCAAUGGUAAGACUUUUUAAAUUUCAAGUUUUUUUAUAUCAAUGUGUAAUUAUAAUACUAUUCUUUUUUUUAAAAAUUAGGGUUAUCAAAUAAAUGUUUAAGCGAAGAAACAAAAAAACCUACAGAAGAGAGUUCCAACAAUAGUUUUAAAAGUAUUUCAUUAAAGAAUGGAGAUUACUGUAUGUUAUCACAUUUUGAAGAUUUUCAAAAUAUCUAUGUUUGUAAAGCAGUUUGUUCGAAAGAAGAUCCUAAUGUGUAUGAAAUGCAUAAUUUUGAUAUUAUUAUGAAAACCAUAAACUGUAAUGGUUAGUUAUUAGCAAAUUUUAUAAUGCGAUUUGUAUUGUUGUUCAGCAAGAUCAAUUUUGUGUUGUUAGUUUUAAUAAUAGAGUGAAUUGACAUAUAGGUAAAACUGUGUGUAUACCAGUGAUUUUUUUUGUUUGGUUCAAUUUUUAAGUGAGAUAAGCAUCAUUGAAUAUUUGUGAUAUUUUACCUACACAUAUAUUUACCUUUAUAAAUAUUAAUUGAAAAAACCCAACAACUAAUUCUAUUAUAAUAAAAAGCAACGGCAUAAAGUAGGUUCUGCUGAACACUAAUUAUCAAUACAGUGUACUUAUUAUUUACAUAUUGAGCAAAGUAUUAAAUUUAACUUUUUAAUAAAAAGUAAAAAAAUAUAAAAUUCUUUAAAAAAUAAUUUAAAUUAAAUAAUAAUUAAUACAUAAUUUAUAAUUAAAAUGUAUAGUAAAUUAUUUUAACUAAGGUUGGGUUAUUCCUAAUUAUGGUCUAUAUUUUAAUUUAUAAAAAAAAAUUUUAAUGAAAAUUUCUGUUUGUCCUUUCCCUCAAUUUGUUUAUUUUGUUUGUGAGUUUGUAAUUAGAUUAAUUAGAAUAAAUUAGAUUCUCUGUUAACUAAUUUCUUGGUAUUAUAAUUGAACCCAGUUUGUGCUUGUACAUAAACAAUUAUGGACAGUAUUCAACUUUAUAAUAACUAGUAAUAUUCAAAUGUGUGAAAGUAAUCAUUAAAAUAAUGAACAUCAACUAACAUACAGAGCGGCAGAACAUAAGAGAUCAAAUUUGAGAUGAUUGUAGUUCUGGGAGGGAAUACUGCAUAACAUUGCUGAACGUCUCAUUUUCGAGAAUAUAGUAAUUUGGUCUUGUUCAACGUCUAAGGCUUUACUCAAUAGAAACUUGAACAAAUGUUACAUUUUCUAGUGUCACCACAUGUGUAACACGUCUUGGAAUCUUGGAAACCACAUUAUCAUGUUCCAAAAAUUCUUAACCCACUUUAAAAAACGGUGAUAUGGAACAAUAGUAUGUACAGGGAGAUUGAAUCGCGUGCAAAAUGUGUGUCAUGUUGCCACAAUUGACUCAUUAUUACAAAAAAAACAUCUCUACGGCGACCGUGUGGUAUUGAAUACUUCAUUGAGCCCAUUGAAACUACAAGUCCUGUCACAUACUACACAAUGAGACGUUCAGCAAUGUUGGAUAUCCCCUCCCAAACACUUAUCUCAAAAUCUGGUCUUUUUUGCUCUACUACCCUGUAUGAAUAUGUUUAUGUUAAACAUUUUUUCAGUUUGGAAUUUUUUUUUUUUAAACUAACCUGUUUCACAUACAAUAUAUAAUACAAUUUCAAUACAAUAUUAAUCACUUAUAAAUUAAGUUUAAUGUAACUAUAAUUUAUAAUUAUUAUUCCAACCUAUGAAAUAAUUAUUAAUUAAUUAUUAAAUGCACUCAUAUAACACUUGUAGGUGAGAAGUUAAGAAGGUAGGAUAUAGAGGUGAAUUUAAUGUAUAUCUGUAUGCAAUAAUUAAUCUUUGCUUACGAAAAAAACGAUUCUGAGGGAAGUUCAGUCAAAUAUAUUUUAAAAGGUCGUAAUAUUUACAUUUUUGAAAAAUCUCAGAAAAAUCAAAAACUGACCUAUGGUUUGGUUUAAUGAUAGUAGUGGUGCAUUAUUAUUAAUAUGCCAUGUGCUGUGCAGCCACACAAAUGUUUUUUUACUACUCUUUCCAAACCUAAAAAAAAGUGGAAUAUUUUCUAAAUGAGUUGUCCAAAAUUAAAAAUUUCAACACUAAAAUUUAUUUUAUAUAUACUCUUUUUAUUUAUGAAAUUUGUAAUACAAAUUGCCAUUGAUAAUCAAAAGUAGAUAUUAGUUUUACCCUGAAAAGUAAGGGUGACAAAAAGAAACAAAUGCAAAAUUUUAGAGCUUGCUUGUUUCUUAAAUGUUCUAAAAAACGAAUUCUGAAAAAAGUUAAUACUAUCUGAGAUAAUUUUAAUAAUUUAAUUAAUGUGCCUACUUAAAUGGAUCAUCUUAUACAUUGGUAUUAUUUAUAUAUAUAUUAUUAUUAUAUUAUUUGGUACAAUAAUACAUAAUGUAAUAAUUGUGUACUACAGUGGUUUUUAACCUUUGCGUCGCAGCUUCCAGGGGCAUUGUGGUUUAGUAUCAAGGGAAGGUAGCCGCGGCUAAAGUAAAUUUAGUAAAGUUUUUUAUUUAUGUUUUGAUUUUAUAUUAUUAUCAUUAUUUGUAAGGGAGCUGCUAAUUUGGAUUUCAAAAUCAAAAAAUCCUUUGUGGACCCAAAAAGGUUGAAAACCACCGGUGUACUACAUUGUAUUAUACUAUAGUAUAUAUACUUAGUAUUUUAUUUUAUUUUAUUUAGAACGCAAAAUCAAAACAAAUUUAGCCAUAGGAGAUAUUAUUAAAGUUUUUUUGAUCCAAUUUAAACACUUUUUGAGAGCACAAAUUACAAAUAUUGAAAAUGAUAAAAUCCAUAUUUUCUGCAUUGAUUUUGGAAUUGUUGAAACUGUUCAUUCAAGUGAUAUAUAUGAACUGCCAGAUCACUUAAAAAUUAUAGUAUGUCUUUUAUGCAGUAUGAUGUUUAAUAUCUAUAUAAUAUAAUCUAUAAUUAAAUUUAAAUAAUUUUAGACUGAUAUACCAUUACGAGUAUCUAUCGAUGUUCCUCCAAAUGCGGUAAUAAACGAUGCAAUUAGAAAUUUAUUUACAACCAUAUUAGAUAUUGGUGUGACUUACUUUAUUGUAAGUAUUUUAUUAUUUAAGUGUUUUACAAUGUAAAUUAAAUGUAUUUUAUUUUUUUUAGGAAUACAAUAACAAAAGUUCUAACUGUUUAGAAAACGUAAUUCUAAGGGAAGUGAAUUCUGGUAAUUGCUUGAAUAAAGAAGUGUUGAAAUUAUUACUAUCUGAAAAAAAACAUCUAAAAAAUUGUGAUACUUGUGUAUUAACAUAUUUUGAAAAUUUUGACUCUAUUUAUGUUUUCAAACAUGAAUCUGAAAAUAUAAAAAUGUUACAGGAUAUAAUAGCCAGUACAGGUAAUUCUUUUAAAUAAGUAAACUUAAUUUUUUUUUAUUAUUAAAAGCUGGGUAAAAACCGUUCAACUUCAACAAUUGCAUGUAGUAUACAAUAAUAUGAUAUUUUCGUAAUAUGCAUGGUAAAAGGUUUUUGAUAUAAUAAUUUAUAAUAAUAUAACAGGAUUAUUAAGAGAUAAAUUGAUAAGUGAUAGAGAAUGGGAAUUUAUUUAUAAUAAUUGUUAGCGCGAUUAAUAAUGGAUUAAGCAUGGACCUUAAGUUCUUAAAGACAUUUUGUGAUAAUAAAGCAAACUUAUUAAGUUAAUAUGUAUUACGAUUUUGUCAUUAUUAAUAUAUUUUUUUUAUUAUGUUAUUAACUAGCUUUAUAUUGCAUUAUAUUUUGUAUAUGAUUUCUUAGUUCUCACUGGAGUAGUCUCAGUGAGACCCAUUAUUCUAAUCGUAGGAGGAAAAUAUAAAUUUGACUUUUAUGGUACCUUAAAAUUAAAUAUUUAACCAUUUUAUCUUUUUCUAAAUUUUAAAACAAGUUAACUUAUGUAUAAUAUCAUCUCCUGUUUUACAUCAUAUAUAUUAUAAUAUUAUAAUUGAUAAAAUACAUUUUAUAUGCAUUUAUUUGCAGCAAACUUAAUGCUAUUAUUAUUAUUAUAUAGCUCAUAAAAUAAUAAUCUUCCAUUAUUUUAUAGAUUGCAUACCCGUUAGAAAUUUAGUCAUUGGAGACACUGUUAAAGUGUUAUCACCAUCAUUUGAAGAUUUGUUUAGAGCAAAAAUAGUAAAUAUUAAAGACAAUGGUGAUUGCUAUGUUUUUUAUAGCGAUUAUGGAAAUACAGAAGUUGUUUCUCCUAGCAAUAUAUUUCAGCUGUCUGAUAACUUAAAAAAAAAGGUAUAUUUUAAUGAUUUAAGCAUGCUUGUUACUCUUAUUAAUUGUUUAAAUAUUAUUUUAGCCUGAUCUUGCAAUUAAAAUCGGAUUAAAUAUACCAUCUAGUAUAAAACCAAAUACAAAAAUAUCAGAUCUAUUUUCAGGUUUAGCAAAUGAAGCCAAACCAUUAUCUAUUGUAAAAAAAUAUAAUUUUUUCUUCCUUUGUCUGGAAAUAGGUAUAUUUUAAUUUUUUUUUUUUUUUAUUAGGAGUUUGAUGAAUCUAGUGAAUUUGGAUUAAACAAUUGUGUUUUAAAAGUGAUAUCAAGUGGUCUUAAUAUUAACAAUGAAAUUAUAAAAUUAUCAUCUAAUCAGUCUCAUGUAUCUUCUGAAAAAGGUAAUUGUGUUUUUAAUUGUAAUUGACAACAUAAAAUUAAUUUAAAAACCUCUAAAAUUAGUAUUAUUUUGUUUAUUUGUAUAGAGAAAAACAUUGAAUUAAAAAUAGAAGAUAGUAAAUCUGUUGUUAAUAUUAAAACAGAAUCUGCAUCACUAAAAACCGGAGAACUUAUUCAUUUUAGACAUUUUCUUAAUUUCUCAUCUGUAUUUGUUUCUAGAAUAUCUGACUAUAAUAAUUUUCUUUACUUAAUGAAUAAAAUUUCACAAGGAAAAGGUAAGUUAAAUAUUUAUCAUAAUAAUCAGGGUUUAGAUUUUGUAGCACUGAAAAUAACUGAAAUUUGCGCCAUCAUAUGAUGUAAUAAAUCUUAAAAUUUGCUAUAAAACAAGAAUAAUGGUAACAAUUGAUAACAUGUUUAUUUUUUGAAAUAUAAAUACAACUAAUAAGAAGUCAUAAAAUAUGAACUAUUUAAUGGGUCUAUUUAAAAACAGAUUAUAGUAUGAAACUAAAAUAUAGAUAUUUUUUUUUAUGGAUUCACACAAAUGACAGAUUUUUUUCUACUAUUUAUGAAAAUUACAAAAUAAAUCAUAUAUAUGUAUUAUGUAUAUGAGCAACAAAUAGCACUAAAAAUUUAAAAUAUGCAAAAUAUGCAGUAUAAAAUUUCAUAUUUGGAGUUUGGUGCAUAAAACAAAUAUUAAGCUGAUUCUGCUAUUUUUUCUGUAUCUUAGAAAAUUAGUAAAUGUUAUAAAAUCUGAGCCCUGUGUUAAUAUUGACAGAAUAAGUUAUUUUUAACAAACAUUUUUGUACACUUAAAUUUUCUUAUAUAUAAGAAUGGAUCUUGAUGAAAUGUAUUUUUCCCAAAUUAGUUUUUUGUAUUAUAUUAUUUGAAUGUAAGUUAUCAUUUAUCAGUUAUACAUAUUGUAUAUCUUCAUAAAUAAUAAUACUUAAAAAAAAACUACUUUUAAUUGUUUUUUUCCUUUAGCCAAAAAUAAAUUAAACAUACAAGUAGGUGAUAUUGUAAGAGUACUAUACGCAGAUAUCAUGCAUCGAGCAAAAGUACUUAAAAAAAAAGAUGAAAGUCAUUACUGUGUUGUAUAUAUUGAUUUUGGAAACGAAGAUACUGUUACUGUUGAUGAAAUUUUUGAAUUACCCGAUGAAUUUAAAAAGGUAAAUCAAAAUAUUUUUAAUUGGUAUUACUAAUAUUCUCAUUCAAAUAAAAUAUUGAAUGAUAUCAAUAUCAAUAACAAAUCAUAGUUUUUUUUUUUUUUUUUUUUUAAAUAUGAAGUUUCCUGGAUGCAUAAAAGUUGGACUAAAAACACCGCGAAAAAUUGAUUUAACAGAAGAGGUGUCAAAUUAUUUUGAAAGUAUUGAUAAGGAGGAACCUUUGCGUUUAGUAAGUAUUAUUAAACUAAUUUUUAUAUUUUGGUAUACAUAAUAAUUGUGAAUUAAUUAUUAACAGGCUAGUACUUUCUCACUGGGAUACAAAACUCUUAACCUUGUGUUAGUCUUGCAAUUUUUUGUAACGUCAUAAGUCAUACGGGAUACAAUUGUUCCCCAUUAUUAUUUAUUUUUCUACUAUUAUACUGAUUCUUUAAAAGUAAUUUUUUUAAUUAUGAAUAUGUUCAUUUAAACAUAGACAAAUUAUAUCAUAAAAAAUUAAACAAAAAAUAAUAAUUAUAUUAUUUAUUAAUACAAAAUAAAAUUACAAAUUUCAAAAAACUUUAUAACUACCAUUAAUGUAAGGAAAAAUGUUUCAAUUCAUAAUAAAAUAAUUUUUCAAGUAUAAAUAAUUGAAAUAAAAGAAAUUUAAAUUAAUUUUAUUAAUUCUUUAUUAAAAAAAAUUGAUAUUAAAUCUGAUAUGUUUUAAUAAAAAAUGUUUAGAUUUAUAUUAUAGAAUUAUAAGAUUAUAUAAGAUUUUGAUGCAUUUUAUUGUAAAUAUGUAUCACAUUAAUAUGACACGCACUAGUGUACAAUAGAUUUCGAAAAUAUGGAACACACACAUUCCACUUUUCUGUAGGUAUUCUAAUAAUAAAGUGUAUUUAGGUAAUAAUAUUAAGACAUGGUAUGAUAAAAUUUGUUUUUGCCGGUGAUGACCAUGGUCAAACAUUGUGAUAAGAAGAAAUAACCAUUCCAAAAAUAUACGAACUACCAUUCGAUUUUCAAUAAUACUGUAAUUUUUGAUAUUGCCACAAAAAGUUAUUCGGUUAAUCGCACAGUGUACAUUUGUAUCCUAGUCAACUUCAGAACGAAUAUAAUAGAAUAUAAAAAUAUCUAAACCAAAAUUGAAUAUAAAUAAUUUUAAAUAUACCUAUUUAGGAGAGGUAAACGAAAGUUUGGAUGCUAUUUUUGAAUAUUUUUGCUAAAUAUCAUUUUUUAUAAAACACUUGGGGUACAUAUGUACCCCGCGUAAUUAAUGGAGAGUUAAUAUUAAUUUAAGAGGAAAAUUGAAAUAUAGAAACUAAUUUUAACUAUGUAGAUUCUUAUUAAAAUUAAACAAUAAUUUAUUGUUCUAAAUUUUAUAUUUAUGCUUAAUAUAUUAUGCAUGCAUAAUUAUAAUAUAUUCUACCUAGUAUAUUCUAAAGUAUUUGUGUGUGUUGGGUUUCUUGGUCAUUCCUGCGGCUAAACAUACUGAUAUGUAAUCUUCAAAAGUAAAUAGAUAUUAAUUAAAAAAAUAUAUAUUACAAGCUGGCUUGUCUGGCCAAUAUAAUUUGGCUUUGCUUAUGCCAUUUUCAUACAUUUUUUUUUUUACCUAUAUUCCUUUUGGGUUUUUGACCGUGUUAGUAUUGAAUGAGAACAAAUAGGUGAAAAGUGGGUAGUCCAUAAAAGUGUUCUGUUGUGUUGUACGUUUUUUCAUGAUUUUCAUACCAAAAAUUUUAAACACCAAAUUUUCUUUUAAAGGGGAGGGAUGAUCUGAAAGAAAAUAAAGUCUUACCUAAUUUUUUGGGGAGUGGGGAUACUCAACACUGGGGGAGCACGUUUUGUAUUAUAGUUGUUCCUCGCAGAUAGCACAGCAUUCCUUUUAUACCUCUAUCUGCGUAUUUGCUGACAAUUUAUAGAUAUAUUAAUGUAAAAUUAAUAACUCUAUUAUUAAUUAAUUUAAAGAAUCGAAAAUAGGCUUAAAACCUCAUUGGGAUUUACUCCAUCACUAAAAUAAAACCAUGAUAAUUGGAUGAGUAGUUUCUGAGAUUACCCCAAACAAAAAAAUGUAUACUGUUUUAUGUAUUACAUGUCUCGUCAAUAUUAAUAUAUAAUUGGAAAUUUCAAAAUACCAUUUUGGUAAAUAUAAAACUGAAUAAUGUGUUUUUAUCGGUGCUACUAUAAAGUGCCUUAUCAUUGAUAAUUACUAUUAUAAUUUUAUUGGGAUAUCUAUACACAUGUACAUAUUGUUUGACACCACCUUGCUGAUGAAAUAAUUACACAUUCACUGUUAAAUUAUUAUUGAAUAACUUCCCAAAGUUUCAUGAAUGAUGUAGUAAUGCUUAAAGACAUUCAUUCAUUUUUAUAUAGAUUAUUUCAUUUUUUUUAUAUUAAUUGGCAGUUUUUAAAUAUUUACUCAGUUAUAUUUUAUUUGUAGGAAUAUGAUGAAAGUAGUUCAAAUGGAUUAGAAGAAGUUUCAUUAAAAAGAAAAAAUAGUUCUGAUAUAAUUGAUGAGGUGUACAACAUAAUUAAAUUAAAUAGCACACCUAUUGAUUUUAAAGGUACGUUAUUUAUAAAGGUUAACAUAAUUUUAUCACUUGUGUCAUUUUCAAUUUUUUGUAAAUGAAGACUUGUAUUAUCUUUUGUUCCCAAUGUAAAAUUGUACUAUAUUCCCUAUUACUAAUAAGUUAUUUUGUAUUGACCUAAGUAUGUAAUUAUUUGAAUUAUAUCAUAAUAUAGGCUUCAGGUAUAUUUAAAACCUAUAUUAUUAAUAUGCAUCUCCUUACAAAAAAUAAUUUUUUUAAAUUUUUUUUACAGAUAAAUCUACUGAAGAAACACAAAAUAUUCCUACAAAUUACAUUGUGUCUGCUUCAGAUAUUGAAUUAAAGAAUGGUGAUACUGUAUUUUGUUGUUAUUUUAAAGAUUUUAAUCAGAUAUAUAUUUGUAAAGCAUGUAAAAAUAAUACUAUGCCAGUAAAUAUGAAUUUAAUUGUAGAUUAUUCAAAAUCAAAAGGUAAAUAUUGAAUUAUAAAGAAAAAGAUAUUUCUUUCAUGGAAAACCAUUUUUGUUAAAUAUUUGUCAUGAUAUAUUUUUGAUGACAAAUUAUUUAUUUUAAGAUAUUGUUGUAAAAAACAAACCUAAAUAUGGGGAUAUAGUUAGAGUGAAGUAUGAGAAAUACUUAGUCCGAGCAAAAGUACACGACAAGUCAGGAUUGUUGUAUACUGUUGAAUUGUUGGAUAUUGGCAGAUAUUUAAAAGUGUUGAUUGAUAACAUUUAUGAACUGCCCUAUGAUUUGAAAAAGGUGUGUACACUUAAAUUUUUAUUAUUUUAUUAUUAUUAGUAAAUGGCUAAUAUUUAAAAUAGAUUCCAAAAUUAGUUAAACACGUUGGACUUGGAGGAACUAAUCAAAUAAAAGUAAAUGAAAUGGUUGAAAAUUAUUUUAAUGGAUUAUGGCAUAAUGAGCCAGUUCCUUUAAUAUUGGUAAGUUAUCUAAGCUUACUUUAUACAUUAAAAUAAUAAUACAUUUCUUUCUUUUGGGGAAAAACAUAAAAUCAUUAUGUCUUAUGGCAAGCCAUAAAACAUAUUACUUAUUUUAUGUCUUAAACUUAAGGUUUAUUUGUUUAUAUCAAUAAGUAAUAGUAGUAUGCAAUGGUUUAUGAUACAAAUAGUAGGAAAUACAAUUUUGAUUGUAAAUAUUCAAAUGUAUAUUUGAGAACAUGUCACUCAGCUAGUUUUCAUGUCGCUAGGGGAACUAUUGUUACUAAGUUUCCUACACACAUCCCUUCACAACAGGAAUUAGUUAUAUUAUUAUAGUAGCUAGGGUUGUAUUUUUUUUUGAUCCAUAAGAUAUAUUUAUGUCAAAAACGAUAUGUCCUUUUAUAUUUAACAUUUAAAAAAUAAAAUAUAAUUGAAAAUGACAUAAUUUUUUUGUUCCUUUACCAUAUUAUUAUAUUAAUUAGCGAUUGAUAAUAAUGUAUCAAAGUAUUAAAGUGCCAUUAAUGUUAGCUGUAUAUUAUUUUUAUUUUUCAAUUUUUAUAUUUGUUAAAUGACUGAUGUACUUCAGUUUAUUCCUGUUUAUCACAGCUACUUUAUUUCCAUUUCCUUGUAAACGUUCCUUUCUAUGUCUCCAAUGAUUUGUUUCAUAAACUAAACUUUUGGAUUUCCCUUCCAUAAUUUUUGUCAUCCAUUUAUUAUUUCUUAUUAUAUGUCUGAUCCAUUUUUUUCUUCUUUUAUUGUUUUUCAUAGUGUUUUUUGUUCAUUCACCUCUUGAGUAUACUUUUUCACUUUUGACUUUCUCUGUUGAAGAAAUUUUCAGUGUUCUUUUUCAGAAGCGUGUUUCAAAAGCUUCAAUUCUUUUUUUUUCUGCUUUAAGUAUCAUCCGUAUCUCUGGUUAAUACAGUGCUACACUCAACACAAAACUCUUUAUAAAAAGCUUUCUGGUCCUUAGACUAAUAGUACUUGCCAUGAAUAGGUUUCUCCUGUAGAUAGCCUGUUUUGCCUGUGUUAUUCUGUUCUUUAUAUCAGUCUUACUUGUCCUAUUAUAUGUUAUUUUACUUACCAAGUAUGUAUGACACUAAACUUAUCACUGCUAUAUUGCUAAUUGUAGCAUUUGUAUUAACAUAUGCUGUAUACAACACUGCUGUCUUGGAUGUAGCAUAGGUGUUGGAUAGGGUCUGGUAGGAUAGUUUACUAUUCAAACUAUUUUUNUUAACCUUCUAGGUGGAUUACCUGGAAUGGAAUUGGAGUUUAGGGCACGGAUUAGUAGAUUAGAGUGGUUUGUAAGACGCGCGCGGAAAAGUCUAUAGGCAUUUUUGGCUUCUUCAUGGACAGUUAAAAUUUUUAAGUCUGAAUGUAAGGUGUGGUUUGAAACAUACGGAGGAGCGCCUGUAAUCAUUCGCAAUGAGGUCGAUUGGAAUGCUUGGAUUUUGUAAGUAUUAGACUUUUUUGCUGCACCCCACAAUUGGAUACCGUAUAACCAAAUUGGCUUGAGAAGGGUUUUGUACAGUAGCAGUUUAGUUUUUAGGUCAGUUUUUGCUUGUCUUCCUAUAAGUGGGAAGAGCGCUCUUCGUCUGGCAUUUAGCAAGAGACGUUUCUGCUUAAUAUGUAAGGCCCAGGUAAGUCGUUUAUCGAGAGUGAGACCCAAAUAUUUAACAUUAGAGGAGGAAGGAAUAACUUUAUUGUUUAAAUAAACUGGAGGUACUGUGGAUUGUUUGAGAGUGAAGGUGAUGUGGGAUGAUUUGUCAUUGUUUAUUUUAAUUCUCCAAUUGGAAUACCAAUCAGAGAGUAGGUUUAGAUGGUUCUGCAAAUAUUGGCUGGCAAGAAAUGGGUUUUUUUCGGAAAUAUAUAUAACUUUAUCAUCAGCGAAGUCGGCUACAGAAGUUUGAGAAGUGGUUGGUUGAUCCGAUGUGUAUAUGUUAAACAAUAUGGGAGAAGAGAUGGCGCCUUGAGGAACACCAGCAAGGAUUGGGGCCAAAUUUGAGAUUUCAGAGCCAACUUUAACGGCAAAGAAUCUGUCCUCGUGAUAUGACUUAAAAAAUAAAUAAUACGUUGGAGGGAGAAUUAUUUUCAGCUUGUGUAAGAGACCAGGAUGCCAGACUCUGUCAAAGGCUUGGGCAACAUCGAGUAAGACAGCUGAGCAGUGUGACUUCGUUUCUAAGGAGUAGGCAAUUGAGUCAGUAAGGCGGUGUACCUGAUGGAUAGUGGAAUGUUUGUCUUGGAAGCCAAAUUGCGUGCAGGGGAUAAUUUUUUUGUCGUUAAUUAUAUUGGAUAUUCGUUUUAGGAUCAUUUUUUCACACAGUUUUGCAAAGAAAGGAAGUAAGCUUAUUGGACGAUAAGAUGACGGAGUGUCGGGAGGUUUGCCAGGCUUGGAAAUUAGGAUUAUAAGGGAUACUUUCCAUUGAAUGGGCAAGUACGAAAGCCUCAAGAUAGAGUUUAAGAUGUGGGUUAGGUGAAUUAAUGCCAUCUUUGGCAGUUGUCGAGCUACCUCAGCUGUGAUGAGGUCUAUACCGGGUGACUUUUUCAGUGGAAACGUAUUUAUAAAACGAAGAACCACACCUGGUGAAAAAGGUUUGGGGGCNAAAGCCUCAAGAUAGAGUUUAAGAUGUGGGUUAGGUGAAUUAAAGCCGUCUUUGGCAGUUGUCGAGCUACCUCAGCUGUGAUGAGGUCUCUAUACCGGGUGACUUUUUCAGUGGAAACGUAUUUAUAAAACGAAGAACCACACCUGGUGAAAAAGGUUUGGGGGCGAGAUAAAGUGGCAGGGCUGAAUUAAGAGUCAAAAGUUAACAAAGGCUCUUCCACUGCAAUCUUCAACCAACCACUCCGAAUUUUUCUUCCGAAAGGUAAGAACAGAAAGUUCAGCUUUCUCUUUAUCUGAUUUGCACCAAGUACCAUCAGAUUUUUUUUUUUUUUACUAAGUAAUUUGCUAGUAAUUAGUUAGUUAGAUAUUAGUUUAUUUUUAAUCAUUAAAACAAAAUAUUAUAUUUUUAUUGUAAUUAUUAUUAUUUAAUGUUUAAUUAAUUUUAUAUGUUAACAGAAUUUUGAUAAUGACAAUAAUGGUUUAAAUAGUGUUAGCUUAAAAAGAAAAAACAACGGUUGUAAUAUUAUUGAUGAUUUAUUAAAGAUUUGUGAUACUGUUAAUGAUGGACCUCUUAAAACUGCAAAUUUUGUUCUACAAAAUCCAAAAUGUUUUGGUGAGAUUUUACAAUAUCAUAUUUGUUUUUGCAAUGACACAAGAGUAAAAAUCCCUAUUUAUUGUAUUUUAAUGUAAAGUUUGUUACUCAACCUUUUACGGCUGAACGGAAUUUAAUGCAAAUUGAUGGAUAUGUCUCAGAUUGGAUUAAAACAGCUACUAAAAGAUUGAACCUAAAUUGAACACCUUAUAUUCCCAUUAGUAUAAUUCCAACGUAGUUGUUUUUUGAUUUGGUUCAUAAGAAGAUUUACAUUAUUCAUUAUAUUACAAUUAAUUUAAACAUAAAUUUACUAUCCAAUAUUAAAAAAGAGGUGAUAGUAAAAAAUUAGUUAAUUUAUUUUCAUUGGCAAUAAUGUACAAAUUUAAUUUUUUCUGAAAAUCUGUAAACAUUUUCUAUUAAAAUUCCUUUAUAAAAAAAAUGAUAUAUAAUGCUCAAAUUAAUUUUUCUGACCAAAAACUACAAAAUUUAAGUUAAACUUUCGUUUUAUCCAACAAUUUUAUCUAUUAAGUGCCUACUGAUUAAAAAUUACGUAUAAACAAUCAAAAUUAAAAUGUUUAUAAUUAGCUCAAGAAUAGAUCAAAUGUUUUGAAAAUUUGACCAUGUCUAAAAAAAGCAAAUAAAAGUUUUCUGUCAAAAUGUCAAGUCUUUAUGAAUGUAUUAAACAAAAUUCCAAAUUUAAAAAAAAACAUUUAAAAUAAUAAAAAAAUUAUUUUUGUAUAUUUUCCAGUACUUAUUCAUUUUUUUUUUUCGGUUUUGCUCAAUGAUUAAGAAAUUCUACAAAGAAAAUCAAAAAAACUACUUUCUUGUUAACCAAGUAGAUUAAGUAGAUAAGUUUAACAAAAAAGAUCUCAUGAUGUUUUUUAAUUGUAGCAAUAUUUAUGGUAGAAAACAUAAUCUGUACAAAUUUAAAAAAAAUGAAAUUGCUGUGUCGUAAUUUGAAAAAAAAUUAUCCAUUUCGUCACUUUUGGUUUUUUCCAAUUAUUAGAAAAACUACCUUGGAUAUUGAAAAACGACUUUCUUUGUCAAUUGUUACAAAUCAUAAGGAAUAAAAUCGAUCUCUUGUCAUUUUUGGAUUAGAGAAAUAUUUCUGGUAGAAAAUAUUGUGGUAACAUAAUUAAAGCAUUGAAAACGGUAACGACCCAGCACAUCUGAAAUAUUUGUCGUGUAAUGUUAACAAAAUUGAUUUCUAGUUUCUUUUUCUUGCUUGAAAAAUAAAUUAAAAAAUUUAACCAUAGAAAGAAAAUAUUUAUUUAGUUGUGAUUGGGAUCUAUUAUAUGUAUAUUAUUACAAGCAUAUAAAAAAGGUCCUCUUUUUUCCUUUGAGGUAAUCCUCAAUUCUAUUAACUUAGUUUAUCUAUUUACUGUUUAUACAUUAGGUGUAAUUAAUUUAAUUAAAUAGCAAACGCAAUGUAAAUUGUAGAAAUAAGUAUGUAUAGAUUUAGCCAAAUUUAAUCCAUGCAUGAAUUAUGAUUCUGAACAAAUAUUCUUGGAAUUAGAUAAUCAUAGAAACAAUAAUUGGGUGUAGAUUAAGGAGACUUAUAAUUUUUAUUUUUUUUUCAUUGACUUCUUGUUUUUUUUUUCUGAUCUACUACCUACUUACUACGUAUCUAAUAUAUAAAAUAUACUUAUCAUUCCUAAAAUAGAUAAACCUAAUUUGUAUUAUUUUUAUUUAGUUAUAAUUUAUAUAAUAUUUUUAUUUGUACAUUGAUUAACUAUCAUAAACUGUUUUCCAGGUACAAAUGAUAUUAAUUUUCAAGUAGUAAGUGGAGAUCGUGUUGAAUUUUUAAAUGGAACUAGCGUUGAGCAUAUUAAUGUGAAACAUUUAAAAUUAUAUAAUGAAUUUAAUCAUGUUUUUGAAAAACUAAAGAAUGAAAAAAGUAAGACUUAAUAACAUAAUACAUUGUUAAAUAUUUUAUUAUUAAGGAUUAGUAAUUUAAAAUCAAUAAUGAAAGAAAUGUAAUGUUAAAUUUUGUAAAUCUAAGCAGAUAGUUAUUUAACUAAUAUUUGGGGGUUUUUAAUUAUUCAUUUUUUUAAAUAUGGAGAGCUAUUUUGUUUAAUUAUUUCAUAGAGUAGAAGUAGUACUGUGUAUUGAAGAUACUCUCCUUGUUAAAUUCAAUCGUGGGUAUUAAAACUGUAUUUAUUAGAACUUCUUCAAUUUAAAAUUUGCAUGGUUUAAUCUUGUAAUAUUAUGUAUUGAAUAAAACAUUGACUAAAUAAUAGACAGAUGUCCAUGGUGUAGGGAUAAUUAGUUGCCAUUCAUGGGAUGCAGCCACUAGAGUCAAUUAUGAGAAUCAAUAUCUAUGACCUUAACGUACCAUAGAUAUUGCAAUGCUAUGGGUGGUAGCCAAAUAUUAAUGAUGCAUGGGUUUAUUGUAUAAGUAAUAGUAGAACAUGAUAAUGGCUGAUUUAAUUAGAACACACUCGUACAUUUGUUGUCGCAUAAGUUACUAAUAUUUUAAGUUUUAAAUAUUGGAUUUGUUUUAUUAGUAUACUAAUAUUAUAUCUACAGGUGAAAAUUUGAAACCAAUUGUUCCAAACAUUAAUGAUGUUGUAUUAGUCAGUUCUUCAAAAUUUAAUGGAUUUUUGAGAGCUAAAGUAAUUUCGCCAGUUACAGAAGACAGUUCUAAAUUUAGAUGUUGUUUCAUUGAUCAUGGUAUUUUUGAUAAUAUUCCAUUGAAAAAUAUUUAUGCACUACCUAAUUAUAUUAUGAUUAAUAAAGUAAGUAUUUAUUAUGUAUUUAUGUAUUAUAUAUUAUAUACAAAAUAUAUUAUAAUUUAAUAAUUAUUUGAAUGUUGUUUUUGAUACAUUUUAUCUUAAUACAUUGUUCAACAAAAAUCAAUAUGAUUUUCUUAGGGUUCUUAUUACUCAAAUAAUUUUAAGGGUGGAUAUUGAUAUGGAUAAAUGUACCUUUUGUAGAAUUUUUCUUGAUUAAGUACUGAUAUAAUUUUAUGUUUUCUAUAAAGAUUUUAUGUGUACAUAAAUAUAUAAAAUUAAUAUUUUCAGGUACCAGCUUUGGCAAACAGGGUGGCACUUGAUGGUUUGACAAAGAAUAGUGUUAAUAUAACUCCAUUUCUAACAUCAUUGAUAGGAAAAGAAUAUGUUUUAGUAUGUAUAUUUUAUCUGAUCUGUAUGGAGUAAUAAAAAUUAAUUUUAAAAUAAUUUACAAUACAAUUUUAUUUUUGUAGGAGUAUGAAAAAAAUUGUAAUCGCUGGUAUAAACGUGUUACAUUAAAAGAUCCAAAAACCAAUGUAUCUUUAAAUGAAGAAUUAAAACAUAAAGUAUCUAAUAAUUCAUCUGUACAGCAAAGAUUAGCCAAAAAAAUUAGUAAAGAUAACUUUUAAUUAAACUACAAUAUUGAUUUAUUAUUAUUAUUAUUUGUAUUGUUUUUAAUUUGUACCAGUCAUGCCCGAGGAAAUAGAAAAUGUAGUGCAAAAACAAUCUCAACCUAUUAAAAAUCAUUCAUUGGUUAAAAUUAUACAUUUUGAGGUUAAUGAUUCAAUUUAUAUCCGUGAUGCAUCUUUCAAGUCAAUUGAAGACUUCAAUUUAUUUAAUAUGCAAAUGAUCAAAUAUUAUAGAAUUGGUAUUUUAAAUUAUAUAUUUAUAAAAAAUAAUUAUAUUUUAAAAUUUGCAUUUAAAUUUAACAGCUGAUAAAAAUAAUUCUACUAAAGAACUGAAUAAUAUCAUGGGGGACAGAAAUAAAUUAGUAUGUGUCAGAUCACUUAUAAACAUGGUUAUGUAUACUCGUGCUUUAAUAAUUGACGAAAUUGAUAAUCAGUACUGCGUUUUUCAUGUGGAUUAUGGAAAUAAAGAAAUAGUUGAAGCUGAGGAUAUAUUAGAACUGCCUGAAAAGUUUGAUAAAGUAUAUUUAUUAUUUAAAUUUUUUUAAAUAUUUAUAUAUAAACAUGUACAUACAUAUGAAUUUUCUAUAAUAUGAAACUGGGCUAUUUAGAAAAUUAGUAGUGUAUUAAGAAAAUAACUUUUAUGUAAUUAGUUGUAGUUUAAAAGUGUAGAAGUUUUUUUUUUUAUAUAGCAUGGCAUAUGUAUGAAUUCUUUGCACCCUGACCAAACAACUAAGUCAAACAAUAAUUUUAAUAUCAAAAGGCCUAAUUUUAAAAUUCAUAAGAAUCUAUUAUAUUCUUCAAAAUAAUAAGCUUGAAAUUAUUUAAAGUCUUUUCAACAAUUAUUCUUUAUUUUUUUUAUUACUUACCUAAUAGAAAUAUAAUAAAAGCUUGUAUAUUAUUAGGAUUUAGUUGUUAAUUAUUAAUAUAUUGUAUGGAUGUUCAUUUAGAUAUUAAAAUUGUAUGUUUAGGAUCAUUACCAAUAUUUUGCUAUUAAAAUAAAAUUACGUAACAUGCCAAGAUUGAUUUCGGAAAAAGAAUGUGAAUUGGUCAAGGAUUAUUUUAAAAAUAAAUUUGUUGUAUGUAAUGAAACAGUUAUCAUUGUAAGUAAUUUUAAAGUUUUAAUCAUAAAAACAAACAAUAUAAUAAAAUUAAAUUUAUAAAUUAAUAUUUUUCUGUGUACUAUAGUUGGAUUAGGGCUCCGAUGUUUAUGCACUUAAAAUGUUAAAUAUUUUUUUAUUUUUAAUAGUAAAAAAUAAUAGUUUAAAAUAUGUAUGCAUUUAUGCACCAAAAUAUAACUAAAUACAAUAGAAUCUGCUUAAUGAAGACAAAUUGGCAUAGUCCUGAACGAAUGUAUUAGUUUUAGGCAAUUUAACUUUGUUUAUUGGGAACAAACCAUUGGUUAUAAGGGACAUAUAUCUAUAAAUAUCAACUUUCUUAUUGAAACUGUAACUAUUUAAUCUGUAUGUUUAUUAAUUGUAUAUUUUAUAUAUUUUAUUUUUGUCCAUCAUUUUUUUUUCUCCUAUUAAUACUUAGGUAUUCCUCGAAGAUAAGAGUCAACUAGCCUAUACCUUGUUUCAAAAGAGAAUAUACUAUUUCCACGACCAGAAACAUGUUUCUUAACAUUUCUAUUGUCUAUAGUUGUGACCGGUGCUACCUGAUGGGAAUGUACACCGCUUAACGAAGGGGGUAUGUUCUCUUUUGAAACAGGGUAUACGUACUAAAUUACUUCAUCGAUAUGUUUUUCAUUAAUUCAACUAAUCGGGACAGCCGGAUAUUAAGGACCCAAUAGGUAACUGUCUGAUGUGUCCCCAUUAAGCUGAUUCUACUGUAUUAUGUAAUUAAAAUAUGUACUCAUUAUCAUAGAGUAUGUACUUAUAAUCCAAUCAACAAAAACAUAUAUGCUAUAAUCUAAUUUUUUGAGUGUGGUAGGGAAUCUAUUGGUUUCACUGAAAUGCGUAUUUUUUUUUUUUUUUUAAUUUUUUUCUUUGUAAACAAUUUUUUAAAAAAAAAUUUUGCUUCGUUGUAUUAAGUGUAGCACAUUUUCUCAGAAAUUUUAUUUAGUUUGUUAGAAAAGUUAGUUAAAGAACUGUGUAAACAGGAUGAUAAUUUGUUAUAUUUUUUUUAAGUUAUAAUAAGUAGGCACUUGGUCAGUUGACUAAUCAAAAUGUAGUUAAUUGUUAAGUAAAUAAAUAAUUAAUAUAUCUACCUAAAUAUAUUAUGAAUUGUUUUAUUUGUAUUGUUAAUUCUUAUUAUAUUAAAUAUGAAAUGUUUUAUAAUUUUAUACCUAUUUAUAGGUUAAAAAUUAACGAUAAUUUAUAGUUGUUACUAUUUAAUAUUUUUCUAAUUUUUAAAAUGUAUUCAAUUUUAUUAUUUCUUGAAAGUUCUUCUAAGUAUAGUAAAAUUCACUUAAGAUUCCUCAAUUAAAUAUGAUUAUUUUACAAAUAUUCAUUGUUUAAUCAAUGAUUUUGAUAUCAGUUGACCGAAAGAAUUUAACUUGUUUAAGCUUAACCCUAAAAAUAUUUAGGUAAUAAUCAUUUCAAGAUUAUAAACUUAUUAAAAUACACCAUAUAUAAUAUUUAAAAUAAAACCAAAUAAUGUUUUCUGUUGAAUUUUAUUAAUAUAUUUUUAUAAUUUUUUUUUUAAUGUCACUCAAGGAAUUUAACGAAUGCGAUCCAAAUGGUCUUAAUGAUUCCAUAUUGAAGACCGAGCAUUAUGAAAAAAACAUUGUUGAAGAAGUAAAAAUCCUGAUAAAUGCGCAAUUGCAUGAGGGUAUUAAAAUUACAGGUAAAUAAUGCAUUUAUAAUUUUAGUUUCAACCUGUCAAUUUGUAGUUAAAUGUCCUAUUAAAUUUAUUGAGACUAACAUUAACUAAUGAACACUGGAGACUUUUUUGUUAUAUUUGUAUAAAUUAUAUUAAUUUUUGAAAGUGUUUUAUCUAAGAUGUUGCAGAAAUAGAUAGAAAGUUUUAUUAAAACAUUGACAGACAAUAAAUAUGUAAGGUUGUAUCAGUAAUAAUCCUGGAUUAUGAUUAAAUUCAUAUUUUUUUUCUAUUAUUAUAAAAGAAAUAAUUGUUUUCAAAACCCGAAAUUAUCUUCAUUUUGUACAUUGUUACUAACAAAAUAAAUAAAAAACUGUUCUGUAGAUUUUGAAAGAUAGAUAUUUAUUUUCUUGGAAGUUAAGUUUUUAUUACAUUGUUUCUUUUAUUUGAUUGAUGUAGAAUAUAUUUUAUGAUUUAAUUGAAUACCUAAUAUCAAAUUUAAUAAUUAAAAUGUAUACCUAUUAAAAAUAUGUUUAAGGUCAAGAAUAUCAUAAUACAGAGCAAAUAUCAUCCCAAAAUCACCCCAUGAUUCCUAGCUCUGCAUGGAAAUUCAACAACAAAUCAAAAUAGAUUUUAAUCAAUUAUUGUUGUUAAAUUAAUUAUAUUUUAAAUUUAAUUUUUUAUAAUUUUAACCAGAAAAGAUUUCAUUUUUUUUUUUUUUUAAAUUUUUCCAUUUUUCUAAGUUUCUUACAUAAUUGAUAAAUUUAACUGUAUUGUUUUUAUUAAAAUAUAAUAAUAUUUACUGUUAAAUGAAAUUCACUUUUUAUUAGUUUUGUGUAACUGAAAUUAUAAUGCAUAGAGAAAACAGACUUUGGUAUCAAUGUAAUCCAUAGAAUUUAUAUUGUCAAUGUUAAAGUGUUUUUAUAAUUUCCUAAAAUGAUUAAUGUCGCAAUAUAUAGGUUUUAAGCAACACUACAUUAUUAUACACGACAUCUGAGAAAAUGUGAAACUGUGUUUGUGAUGUUAUUGUUACUUAUGACUAAUAUUUAGGGACUUAAAACAUUUACAUAUUACUUUAGAAAAAUUGAAAAAAUAGCAGUUAAACAUGAAUGCUAUUUAUCAUGUAAGGAAUCAAAAUCCUAAAUUUAAUUUUUAAUUUUGUUCAUUUUUUGCUUUUUAGAGCAUAUUUUAGCAGUAUUAGCUUUUAAGUGCUAUAAAAUGAUAUAUACUCAUAUCUUAUAUUAUUGUGUGCCACAUAUAAAACAUAGUUGAAUGUAUUGGUUUUACAAUGAUAAAAAAUAAACUUGG